AUGUCCGAGUCAGACACCGACCCCACAGUCUUGAUCAUAGGAUGUGGUCCAGCUGGACUGGUCAACGCACGGACACUGCUACAAGAUGGUUUUAAGGUCACCGUGGUAGCCAAGGAAGAAGACGUAGGUGGAUGCUGGAGGCACACAUACCCCGACUUGACUACCAACUCGCCAUGGGGUGCAUUCACCUUCUCUGGACUGGAUAUGCCCAAGCCAUCAAAUCACAAAGGUGAUGUCGUACCUGCUCGGACAUAUAGACGAUACUUGGAAGACUUCUAUCAUCAUUUUGUGAAAGAUAAGGCGGAGGUUUUGUUCAAUACUGAGAUCAUAUCCCUACUACCUCAAGAGGAGAAUCAAAGAGGAUGGGUAGCUCAGCUGAGGGCCAAAGAGGGAGAGGAAGAGGGAAGGUUGUUUGAUAUAAUCGUAUUGGCUACAGGGUACCUAGGCAAACCAUUCAUUCCAGAUAUAUUCAACGACUCACCAAUACCAACCUAUCACACCUCUUCUCUAGGAUAUUGUGAUCAACUCAACAAUCUACUCAAUACCGUAUCUUCAUCCACCGACAAGCCCGCCGUCGAAGGAGAUGCAGAUACAAUCCUAGUGGUGGGAGGAGGUAAAAGUGGGAUGGACACUGCUGCCUUACUUGCCAAUCGAGGUAAAAAGGUCAUAUGGACUUUUAGAGGUCCGCUUAAAUGGUUUGCGCCGACCGUACCACCAGGUAUGAUGGGAGCUUAUCGCUUGGAUAUAAUGUUUGGACCGAGCAGGAUAGUUGAUAGUUGGACGAUGUGGUUUUACCACUGUACAUUCAUAGGUGUCAGAUGGGUGAAGGCGUUUUGGAAGGUGAUGCGAUCAGGAUGGACACAAACAUACGUCGAACAUGGUCUUCCACCACCUGAAACUGAUCCAUACCUUUCCCUCGCACACUUCGCAGGAGGAAUCCCAUCUUCUCCUUCUGAUUUCUUACCACUUCUCAAAGAAGGAAGAAUCGCUAUGAUCCAAAAUGUCAAUCCUACUUCAAUCAACAGCGAGAAGUUUUCUGUUGAAUUUACAAAUAGUGAUGGAGAAGUGAAGAACGUUAUAUGUGGAGCUAUAGUCACUGCUACAGGAUACAGAGGAGGGACAUACGAUUUCAUGGAAUCCAAAUUACGAAAACGGUUAGGUCUAGUUCGAUGUUUUGCUAAUUCCGAUGUCAAAAUUGAGAAGAUCAAGAAGGAGGUAUUAGACAAGCGUAAGAGGUGGAAGAGUAUUGAUAGUGAGGAAUAUAAGAAUGUUAGAUUACCUUCGGUAUUUAGGGGGAUAUUACCUUAUGGGAGGUUUGAGCAGAGAGAUUUGGCUAUUACUGGAGCUACAAGGCCUUUCUACGUUCCAGCUAUCACCUGUGAAGUUGAAUCUCACUGGAUUUCUUCGUUAUUCAAAAAUGAUCCUUUCCUGAAGCUGCCGAAAAGCAAGAAAGAUUGUCUGGAAGAGAUCAAGGCAGAUAACAAUUUCACACGAGCUAGAUACCCAGGAAUUGACCCUUAUGAAUGUAUACCCUCAGGUACUUACUUUUCAGGAUUCAACGAUCUCUCCUAUACACGUGUACUACUUCGAGAUAUGUCUUUGGACCCUUGGAGGCAGAAAUCGAAUGCACCUUGGUGGAAAUUCUGGAGUAAAGAGAAGGGGUGGUUGGACGUUCGGGUCAAUCCUGAACAAUAUGCUACUUUGGGUGAAGAAAGGAGGGGAUUGAGAGAGAAAGCUCAUCGAUGA